CUUGUUUGUUGCAUCUAGGUUAUCUAUUUUAAUCUCCAUACUAACGAGUGAUUAUCCCAACCCAGGCUCACUAUGUCAGAAUACUGGAAGUCCACGCCGAAAUACUGGUGCAAGCACUGCAAAACCUACGUCCGAGACACGGCCUUCGAACGCACGCAGCACGAAGCCACAGGCAAACACCAGGGUAACCUCAAGCGCUUCCUCCGCGACAUCCACCGCAACAACGAGCGCGACGAGCGAGAAAACCAGAAAGCGAGGAAUGAAAUACAUCGCCUGAAGGGGGUUGUCUCCGGAUCGCCCAAGACGGGAGAUCAGCAACAACGCCCGCCUUGGAAACGCGGGCUAGGUGCUGGUUCAGCUACGGGUGCCAAUGCAGAACCGAGCGCAUCUCUCUCUGCAAAUGCAGAGCAGCGGAAGCGUCAGCUGGCGCAGCUGGUGGAGAUGGGAGUAGCUAUUCCGGAGGAGUUUAGGGGGGAUAUGGCGCUGGCGGGGGAUUGGAAAGUUGUUGAGACAACAGCGGGAAAUAAAGACCGGGCGGAGGCAGAUGCUGUGGCUGGGUUGAAUGUCGGGGUCAGGAAAAGGAAGUUUGAAGUGCAGGAGGAGGAGGAGGCUGCGGGGGAGAUAGUCAUAAGGAAAGGUUGGGGGUCGACGACACGGGAGUUCCCUGGCAAGGAGAAGGAGGAGGAUCUCGAUGCGUUGUUGGAAAGGACGACGGAGUUGAAGAAGAAGAGACGGGAGACGGAGACGCCGGAUGUUAAGGCGGAGGGGAAAGAAGAUAUCAUUGAUGGGGAGCAUGAGGAUGUCGCCAAGAAGGAUACUCCUAGCCCUAAUGAUGGAGAUAUUCUACCGGUUAAAAAAGAGGAAGCGGAGGGUGGACCAACUAUGGUUGGAACCAAAUAUGAGGGAGAGAAGGGUGUAUCGAGGUCGGUUCGUGAGACUCCGAAGGAAACUGUUGAAGAAGCCGUCCCUGCUGUGGUUUUUAAGAAGCGCAGACCGAAGCACGCCAGGUGAAUUGAUUAAUCGCCUAGAUACGCAACAUCGCUAGGCGUGCCACUAUUUACUCGGAUGAAAUUGACAUCCCUUCCUUGGUCAAAGCCUACCAAUAUACCUAUGCGGUACGGUACAUAUAGGCAAAGGUACUCGAACUCGAGGACCGUGAAACGUGCCCACCGCGACUUGAUUACCCGUUCCUGAGCUAUACGACUCGAAAAGACGAUCUGCGGUUUUACCAAUGCAGAGCAGCCUUCAUUUCUAUGAUGGUGAACUAAUGAGGGUAUCUGAUACUUUGGAAAUAUAUUAGCUCGUCCCCAUUACUUGGAGGGGCUCUCUACCUGGGAAGUCUUAGGGUGCAAGCAAGAACUCCCGCCUUCUAGGUAGCGCCAUCACGCAUUUGUGAAUGAAUGAUGAAGCAGUUAGGUCCACUGCAAAAUUCUGCUAAGGCUAUAUUAAUACUAUCUGCUAUUUUGAGCUCCUCAAAAGCUCGCACCAAAACACUCCCAAUAUGUCCAUUAAGAACCAGGAUAUAUAAAAUAAAUUAUAUAUAAAUAACUGCUGUUUAAAGAUGUAGCCAGAUGGUUGUCCUUGUGUAUAGAGAAAAUCUGUUUCUGAUAUAACUGGCGCGUAAAGGUAUUUUUACGACCACAGCACGGUGAUAUAAAAAAUUCC